AUGAACAGCGGAUCCAUGGCCGCCAUGGCAGCAGCUCUCGCCGCAAACUCCACCAUGUCGUCCGAUAAGACAGAGAUGCGAGUCUACCUCGACAGACUCAAGGCCAUGGUGCCUCAGUGUCCCAAGAACCGUAAAGUGUCCAGACAGGAGCUUCUCGAACACGUCAUCAACUAUAUCAGCGACCUCGAGGAUACCCUCCAGUCAGACUCAGAGUCCGACAGUCCUCCAGCGAGUCCUACCAGUAACUUCAGCUUCAGCGACUCCUUCAACCAGUACUCCCAAAAUCAGCAGUCUCAGUUAAGUGGCUACAAUCAGCAGUCUCAGUUAAGUGGCUACAAUCAGCAGUCUCAGUUAAGUGGCUACACCCAAGAGUCUCACCUCAGCGGCUACAGUCAGCAGCCCCAGUUCGGCGAAUCCUUCAAGCAGCAGCCUCAGUACGACGGUUAUGGAACACAGACUCACCAGUAUUCCCAGCAGCAGUACAGCCAAGAAAAUUGCAUGAUGAUGGAGGACUCCCACGGUAGCAGUGACUAUAGCAAGUACUACGGAAGCAGUUCUGCAAAUUACCCACUCGGCCACUCGACCCAAAGCAUGGAGAUGGACACUUAUGGUUUUGGAUAUUAG